GCGGGUUCCCGCCAUUUGUAAACAUUCGCAUCAUGGCUGACAUGAACGUGAAAUUCAUUUCUCAGAAAAUCAGCAAAAUCCGAUGGAAACCCGUCGGGGCUUCGUCGCUCCAGAAGCCGAAUCUGUUCGUCACGGGCAGCUGGGACGACGAGCAAAGUAAGUUGUCGUUUUGGACAUUUGGUCAACAUGACAUCGACUACGAUCUCUACACGAUGGACACUGAGACCGCUGCAGUGGACAUGGAACCGCAACUCCUCGCAGACAUCACACAUGUUGGUGAUGUGACAGAUUUAAAGUAUCUUGACCAGCAGCAAGUUGUGGCUUCCUCCUCAAAGGGUUCCGUUGGAAUUUUUAAACAUAACCAAAACACACAGGCUGUGGAAUGUGUACAGACAUGGAAGAACCUUCAUGGCUAUAAUUUGAUAUCCUGUCCCUGUACGUGCGUUGGACAUAGAGAAGAUGUCUUAGUGACCGGCGGCGAAGAUGGCAAAAUUUGUGUUUUAAACUUAGAGAAGAAAAACAUCACCAAAUGCAUUGACAAAGCAGAUAGCUGCACCAUUAAUAGUAUCACAUUCCUGCGACAGAACGAGAUCCUCAUCACAAAUUCCACAGGACAGCUGAAGAUUUUCGACUUGCGAGCCAACCCCUCGGAAACGCCACAGACGUUGUUCCUGUCUGGAGAACAAGUGUCUUUGAUGUGUGCAGCGAAGCAUCCGAGCCAACAGCAUCUCGUUGCCACGGGGACAGUUGAUGGCAGUCUUUGUCUCUGGGAUCUCCGGCAGAAAACAAACCCAGUCACAUUGCUUGGAGGUCACACAGGACCACUGUGGGAAGUGAAAUUCCACUCAGCCUAUCCCAACCAUUUAUUCACUUGCUCCGAAGAUGGUUCCCUGUGGCAUUGGGAUAAUUCUACUGCUGCUUCGUCUUUCCCAUACUUGUCGUCUCCUUCAGUGAAGCCCUCUCUUGGUGGAACAAGUCGUAAGACAAUGGACAUCGGUAACUCUGGUUUGUUGGGGUCAGUAACCAACAACCCUUGGAGCCUCAAUGCAUCUGACCGACACAAGAUCGAGAUCACAUCCCUGCUGGAAGGGGGCAGCCACUGCCUCUCCAUAAACUCGCUGGACGUCGAGGAGGAAACCAUACUGUGUGGCGGCGACAAUGAAUCCAUCUACACGAUUCCUUUGCCGAAUCUUAGAUAAGGGUUGGUGUCGGGGCCAGAGGAAGGAACUUGUAUCAGGAUGGGAAGGGGGGGAAGUCACUGUAUUGAUAGGGUGGACGAGUGGGGUGUGGACGUGUUAUAGGGUUUUGUUGAGGGUGGACAAAUGGGGUGUGUGCAUAUUAUAAGGUUUGUCUAUUGAUAGGGUGGACGAGUGGGGUGUGGACGUGUUAUAGGGUUUUGUUGAGGGUGGACAAAUGGGGUGUGUGCAUAUUAUAAGGUUUGUCUAUUGAUAGGGUGGACGAGUGGGGUGUGCCUGUUAUAGGGUUUUGUUGAGGGUGGACGAAUGGGGUGUGUGCAUAUUAUAAGGUUUGUCUAUUGAUAGGGUGGACGAGUGGGGUGUGCCUGUUAUAGGGUUUUGUUGAGGGUGGACGAAUGGGGUGUGUGCAUGUUAUAGGGUUUUGUUGAGGGUGGACGAAUGGGGUGUGUGCAUGUUAUAGGGUUUUGUUGAGGUGGACGAAUGGGGUGUGCAUGUUAUAGGGUUUUGUUGAGGGUGGAUGAAUGGGGUGUGUGCAUGUUAUAGGGUUUUGUUGAGGGUGGAUGAAUGGGGUGUGCACAUGUUAUAGGGUUUUGUUGAGGGUGGAUGAGUGGGGUGUGUGAUGGGAUUUGUCCCCUUGCUCCCUGACCUAGCAAUGGGUGAGGAGAAUGUCUUGCAUUCUUAUUAUAGAUGCAGGUCUGGCUGUGUGGUUAAGCAGCUUGCUUUGCAACCAAGUAGUUGCAGGUUCAGUUCUAUUGCACAGCACCUUGGGCAAGUGUUUUUCUCUUUCCUUGCUAUAGCCCCAAGCUGACCAAUGCCUUGUGAGUGAAUUUGGUAGACAGAAAGUCUGUGGAUACCUGCUCAGUGUGUAUAUAUGUGUGUGUCUGUCCAAUACCUUAUUGCGUGACAGCUGGUGUUGGUUUAUUUACAUCCAUAUAACUCAGUGACUUGGUAAAUUGAAACUAAAAACAAAAAUAUGUACUGGGGUCGACUUGUUUGAUUAAACUCUUCAAAGCAGUGCCCCAGCAUGGCCACAAGUAACUGAAACAAGUAACAGAAAAGAUACAAGAUACAUUUGAAUUAUGGUUUAAAAAUGAAAACCUUUCAAAAUCUAGUCCCCAAGUUCAAAACCUGAUACAUACAGUGAUGGGGUAUUGAGGCCAAUGAUACGUAAUGGGAGGAGGUUGAUUUCAUCUUUUGGUUAGUUUAGCACCCCCACCCCCUGGGCAGGGGGCUUUUUAGCUGAAUAUAACCCUGUUGCAAGUAUUUGAGGUUAGGAGGGUGACCGAGUAACUUUAUCUUACAAAGUUACCAGGUGACCCUGCCAAUGCAGGUGCCACUUCAAAAGCAUCCAGUGAACUCUGUUACGGGGUUGGCAUCCAGCUGUAAGAACCUUGCCAAAACUGACCCUUGCCUAUGUGGGUGCCAUGUAAAAACCACUCAGCCCAUUCUACAGGGUAGUUGGUGUUAGGAGGGGCAUCCAGCCAUAAAAAAAAACCUCUUCCAUUAUAUAUAUAUAUAUAUAUAUAUAUAUAGGCGCAGGAGUGGCUGGGUGGUAAGUAGCUUGCUUACGAACCACAUGGUUCCGGGUUCAAUCCCACUGAAGUAUGGUGCAAGCUUCUUCCUGGUCAGCUCCUAUUAAGCCCUCCAACCCAUGCCAGCAUGGAAAGAGGACAUUAAAUGAUGAUGAAUCCUGACUGAGAAUAUUGAUUUGCUUGAUCAUGGCUAACUCAGGGCUAAGUAACAGCUAUGUAGCUCCGCAACUCAAGGAAAUACUUAUCACUGUGGUUUCCACCAAUAGUUUAGUGCCUUGGCUACAGACACAACACUGCCACUGACUGAGGACUGAACAAUUAAUGAUGGACGUGUGUAGCUGAACGGUUACGAAGUCUGCAUUGCAAGCAAAUCUCUGGUUAUGUUCCACUGUACGCAGCACGUUUGACAAAUGUCUUGUACUGACCAUUAAAUAACCCAUGGGUCUUGCUCCAAACCUUGUAACUGAAAUUGGAUCGAUGGGCACAGUGUGGAAACCCUUCCACUUGAACAUGCACUGAUCUUCCUCCCUAGAACCCUUUUUCUCAAUCCUUCCACCUUCCUGGCAUUUCACUUCACUGCCUAUGUCCCUCUCCCACUGUUAUUGUUCAAGAACUUCUACUGCAUCGGACACACUGGAAGUCUUGGAGGAGGUCUGCAAAGGAUAAAAGCAUAAACCCCUUCCUCUGGAAGAGAAAAAGGACUGAACAAGAAUUUUUUUUUUUUUGUAAAAUAUUAAUUUUAUUUCAUUGAAGAAUUGAAAAAAAAAAAAAAAA